GAACUCAAACAUUGAACCUAUAAAUCAAACCAAAAUUGAGUUCAAUUCAAAUACAUAAAGCUGCUUAUUAUAUCCUUCUUUCUUCCUUAAAAAAAAAAAAAAAAAAAAAAGCUUAAUUAACCAAACAAAAGCAAAGUAGUGAUCCCGGCCCUCCUCCACCAUGGCUCAACAACCUCAAGCUCAGAAACCCCACGUGGCGAUUCUACCGUCUCCGGGGAUGGGCCACCUCAUCCCUCUCGUCGAGUUCGCCAAGCGUCUGGUGACAGCCCAUGAUUUCACCAUCACGUUCGUCGUUCCAACCGACGGCCCCGCACCUUCAAAGACCCAGAAGUCCGUGCUGAGCGCCUUGCCGGAGGCAAUCGACCACGUGUUCCUCCCGCCGGUUAACUUCGACGACCUCCCAGAAGGGACGAAGAUCGAGACCAUGAUCACUCUCACCGUGACACGUUCGCUCCCAGCCCUUAGAGACGUUAUGAAGUCCAUGCUCUCGCGUUUCGGUUCGGUCAGCGCUCUCGUCGUCGACCUUUUUGGCACCGACGCUUUUGAUGUCGCACGAGAGUUCAACUUGUUGUCGUAUAUUUUUUACCCGUCGACAGCCAUGGCCUUGUGUCUCUUCCUCCACUUACCAAUUCUCGACGAAACGGUGUCGGGUGAGUUCAGAGAGAUGUCCGAGCCGGUAAGAAUUCCGGGUUGUAUUCCGAUCCCGGGUAAGGAAUUGCUUGACCCAGUUCAAGAUAGGAAAAACGACGCUUACAAAUAUACUCUUCACAACGCGAAACGGUAUCGUUUAGCUGACGGGAUUGUGGUGAAUUCGUUCUUGGAGUUGGAGACCGGAGCCGUAACGGCUUUGACAAAGAGUGAGUCAGGUAAGCCGCCGGUUUACCCAGUUGGACCGUUGGUGAACAUGGAACCGGCGACGAAGGCUGACGAGUCCAAUUGUCUGGCGUGGCUUGACAAGCAGCCACAUGGCAGCGUCUUAUUCGUUUCGUUUGGGAGUGGAGGGACCCUCUCGUCGGAGCAGAUUAAUGAGCUAGCUUUGGGAUUAGAGAUGAGUGAGCAACGAUUCUUGUGGGUGGUGAGGAGGCCCAACGACAAAGUCACAAACGCCACGUAUUUUAGCGGUACCGCCCAAAACGAAUCGUCGUUUGAUUUCUUGCCUAAUGGGUUUUUGGAGCGAACCAAAGGCAGGGGCCUGGUGGUGCCAUCUUGGGCCCCACAGUCCCAAAUUCUGAGCCAUGGCUCGACGGGUGGUUUCCUGUCCCAUUGUGGGUGGAACUCCACGCUAGAGAGCGUGUUCAAUGGUGUGCCACUCGUGGCUUGGCCACUCUACGCAGAGCAGAGAAUGAACGCUUUUAUGUUGACCGAAGAAAUUAAAGUGGCAUUAAGGCCUAAAGAGAGUGAAAACCGUGUCGUUCAAAGGGAAGAAAUUGCCAAAGUGGUCAAGUCCCUGAUCGAAGGGGAAGAAGGUAAAAAUCUUAGAAACCGAAUGAAGGACCUUAAAGAAGCUGCGGCUAAGGCUCUGAGCCCGAAUGGGGCUUCUACUAAAGCACUGUCUGAGGUAGCUGACAAGUGGAAGAACAAGACGUGCAAUUAGAGUACUUUCUCACUCUUUUGUGUACUAUUACCCUGCCCCUUUUAAGAAACCUUUUUUUUUAAUCCUUUUGUACUUUUUUCACCUUUGUUUUCUUUCUUUCUUUCUUGGUUUUCUUUACCAAGUUAUUUGUGUAACCUGUUACUAUGUUGUAGUGUAUAUUAUGUUUGACUAUAAGACAGAUUAGUGGUUAGUGCGCGUAUAAAA